AUGCCGAACAAGCGGUGGACCGCUGAUGAGGUCCAUCUGCUGCUCAACUACCUCAGCGACCACGUUAAGGCAUACACCACUGGUAUCAAGGAGCGCUUCUACGAAGGCGCGCACGAAUUCUUAGCCCAGCACGAGCACUCCAAGUCGAAGAAACAGUGCAAAACCAAGUGCACCGAGUUGGAGUCUGGGUACAAGGAGUACAAGCUCAAGCUGGCCCAGACGGGUUUCGGGCUACAAGAAGCAGAUACGCCAAGCAUUAUAGAGGAACACUUCCAGCUGAAGCUGCACUGGGGCUUGCUGCUGUUUCCCUGGCUUCCGCUGGAAAACAGGGUGUGGAGCUACGGAAGCAAGCAAGAGACAGAAACCGUCGACGCUAAUUCUUAG